UUUAACAUACUUCUUCCUCCAGUUUGAAUCCACAGGACUCCUUGUCGCUCAUUAGAAUUCCAGGUGGAAUUAAAGUUGCACAGUUUUGGGUCAUGAUUUUUGUGGGAAAAAAUCAACUAAAAUAUUAUAACCAAAUUGAUGACGUUCACUGGGGUCACAUCACACUGAGGUCCUUGUGAUGGUCCUGAUAUGGAAACACCUGAAUUUAAUGUGAAACAAUUGGCUGUAAACUUACAGGUAUUUUGUGUUUUUGAGAAGGAUAAACAAUGAGACAAAUAAUACAAUGUGAUACGAGUUCUGCAUUGUGCUUAUUUUGUAGUGUUUGUCAUGAAGCUUGAAAGAAUUUUACAUGUGUAUUCAUGUAUUACAGAGAAACUGAGGCACCAAGAAACAACUGAUUUUUCUCAGGGUCACACUGAGAGUCUUCGUAGAUCUAGGAAGGAGGCAUUGUGAAGUUUCCCAUUCUUUUAAUAAUGCAUUUGCACAUUAAAGGAGCCUUCACGUAAAUGGGUCCAGUCAUGCCUCCCAGUAAGAAGCCAGAAAGCUCAGGAAUCAGUGUCUCCAGUGGACUGAGUCAGUGUUACCGGGGCAGCGGUUUCUCCAAGGCCCUUCAGGAAGACGAUGACCUCGACUUUUCUCUGCCUGACAUCAGAUUAGAAGAGGGGGCCAUGGAAGAUGAAGAGCUGACCAACCUGAACUGGCUGCACGAGAGCAAGAACUUGCUGAAGAGCUUUGGGGAGUCAGUCCUCAGGAGUGUCAGCCCCGUCCAGGACCUGGACGAUGACACCCCCCCGUCCCCUGCCCACUCUGACAUGCCCUAUGAUGCCAGGCAGAACCCCAACUGCAAACCCCCAUACUCCUUUAGCUGCCUCAUAUUUAUGGCCAUCGAGGACUCUCCAAGCAAGCGUCUGCCAGUAAAGGAUAUCUACAACUGGAUCUUGGAACAUUUUCCAUAUUUUGCAAAUGCACCUACUGGGUGGAAAAACUCAGUGAGACAUAAUUUGUCAUUGAAUAAGUGUUUUAAGAAAGUGGACAAAGAGAGGAGUCAGAGUAUUGGGAAAGGGUCGUUGUGGUGCAUAGACCCAGAGUAUAGACAAAAUCUAAUUCAGGCUUUGAAAAAGACACCUUAUCACCCACACCCACACGCGUCCAAUACACCUCCCAUCUCUCCUCAGGCAUAUCAAAGCACAUCAGGUCCACCCAUCUGGCCGGGCAGUACCUUCUUCAAGAGAAACGGAGCCCUUCUCCAAGAUCCUGACAUUGAUGCUGCCAGUGCCAUGAUGCUUUUGAAUACUCCCCCUGAGAUACAAGCAGGUUUUCCUCCAGGAGUGAUACAGAACGGAGCGCGGGUUCUGAGCCGAGGCCUGUUUCCUGGCGUGCGGCCCCUGCCCAUCACGCCCAUCGGGAUGACGGCCGCCAUGAGGAAUGGCAUCACCAGCUGCCGCAUGCGGACUGAGAGCGAGCCGUCCUGCGGCUCCCCGGUGGUCAGCGGAGACCCCAAGGAGGAUCACAACUAUAGCAGUGCCAAGUCCUCCAACGCCCGGAGCACCUCUCCCGCCAGUGACUCCGUGUCCUCCUCCUCCUCCUCCUCCUCGGCCGACGACCACUACGAGUUUGCCGCCAAGGGGGGCAGCCGGGAGGGCAGCGAGGGCAGCUUCCAGAGCCACGGGAGCCACAGCGAGGCGGAAGAGGACGACAGGAAACACAGCCAGAAGGAGCCCAAGGAUGCGCUGGGGGACAGCGGGUACGCAUCCCAGCACAAGAAGCGCCAGCACUUCGCCAAGGCCAGGAAGGUCCCCAGCGACACCCUGCCCCUCAAAAAGAGACGCACCGAAAAGCCCCCCGAGAGCGACGACGAGGAGAUGAAAGAAGCGGCCGGGUCACUCCUGCACUUGGCAGGGAUUCGGUCCUGUUUGAAUAACAUCACCAAUCGGACGGCAAAGGGGCAGAAAGAGCAAAAGGAAACCACAAAAAAUUAAAAACAAGUCACUGAUUUGUUUUGAACUUACGGCCAUUUGGUUUCAGCAUGUCAGGAGAUUUCUAAUGAUUUGUGGCAAUAUCAGCAAUUUUUUUUCCUUUUUUCUUUUUCUUCUUCUUUUUUUUUUUGGUUUGGUUUUCUUUCUUUUCUUUUCCUUUUUUUUUUUUUAAUUUGCCCCCCUCUCCUUUGUUUUGGACCCUUAAGAAUUUUAUUUUUAAAGGAGAUUGAAGCCAUAGAACUCAUAUUGACACUCAGCUGUUUUACAAAAGCUUUUCAUUAUCUGAAGACAUAACUGAAAAAGCCAAAAUGACCAUUGCUUCCUCCAGCUUGUCAGAGAACAUGUGGCUGAACCCACAGAUGUCAACGCUAAUGCCACAGGAACACAUACUUGGCACCUAGAAGGCACGUGUGCAAAGUCCUCAUCGUUCAGGUCCAACCCUUAGGUUUACAGAGUCAGGAUGUCCAUCCAGUGGGGUUCACUGAGUGAAAGGCACAUAAAGCGAUUGGGGAGAAGGAAGAACUCCUCGUCCCGCUAGGAGCAGACCCAAGUUUGUGGCACCAGGCAUCCAGGUGUGCCAGCAAAGCCCUUGGCAUUGUCACGCGGCGGGCACAGGGGCCGGCCACUGGUCCUCUGUGCUUCUUAGCCCUAAAGCCUGGUAUCGUCUCAUGAGGUGGACACUGGAUCAUUCGUAUGCAUCAGGUGUCAGUGAUUAAUGAGAAGAAAUGGGGUAAAUUUUUAGUGAUGUUGCUAAUCAUUGAAUUCUGUUCAAUAUUAAAUUAAGAAAAUGUUCCAAAAGCCAUAAGCCUGAAGGUUGGCCCUGUGCACUCACACACACACACACACACACACACACACACGCACGCACGCACGCGCGCACACACACACACACACACAUACACACAAAGGACAAUAAGAGAAAAGUGAUGCAGAAAACAAGCUAUGUCUUCUUAACUGCCCACGUGAAAAGCGACCAAGUCCAGGAAAUCACAGUAGCUGUUAAGGAAGGAAAUAAUGGUACUGAUCUUUUUCUGUCUGUCAAAACUAUUUGAUCCAAGUGAAAAAAAAAACAAACAAACAGAAAGCUAUGGACCCUGCCAUUAGUAUUGUGGUGUAUUUUUAAAAGAUUAAAGGCACAUUGAUGGAAAAAAAAAAAAGAGUAAAACAUGGCAAAAAAAUAAAAUAACUCCUAUUCUGCCCUCAAAAUGGAGUUUGCAAUUCAUAUCAGUCAGGAUUCAUCCUUGCGAAAAUCAUUGAUUUCCACAUUCAGCCAGUGUAGCCAGCAGAAAUUUCUGAUCCACAAUGCAUGGAUUCCUUUGAAGAAAAAAAAGAAAAAGAAAAAAAAAUCACAAAAACAAACUUUUUUUAUUCAAAAAUAACAAAGUUCUUGUAAGGUAAAUAAUGUAUUUAGCAUGAAGCAUGAAUUAUUUUCAUAUAAAUAUAGAAAAUAGAGAAAAGGCUAUGCCUCUAAUUUUUAAGCCCUUAGGCUUAGAGGUUCUUUUGGUUUUCUUUCUUUUUCUUUUCUUUCUUUUGUUUUUUUUUUUUUUUGUUUGUUUGUUUGUUUUUGGUUUUUUUUUUUUUCUUUUUUUUUUGGUUUUUUCUUUCAGGUUGUUUUGGUUUUUUGAAGCAGGUGUUUAAGGUUUAACCUUCUUCAGGGACAAACUCUGACUGUUGGGGAACUUACUCUGCAAUAUAAAAAUAUCUUCAUGCUCUGGUAGGGCUUGGAUGGUUGAACUCUGUACCGCCUUGCGUGCACUUCAGCCCCGACCCCCUCUGAUUCUCUGUUGAAGUGUGUCCUUUCUCUUUGUCUGUACAUGUUUAACAUGACGCAAUAAUUUGAGGGCAAACUUAGUAGUGAGUGUGUAUGAUAGAAUCAAGAGAAUUAUGGGACGCUUACUUGAGAAAAUCAUUACCGUGAUUUGGUUCUAGGAAAAAGACAGUGAAUAAUUAUGCAAAUUAGCCAGAAGAAGGGGAAACAUGCUAAUGGGCCUUAUUGGGUGAGGGUACGAGAUAGGGUACACGUGAAGGAGGAAGUGACACACAGGUUGGGAAGGCCAGCCCCAGGUAUUUUAUUGCGACAAUGCCAUUUCGCAAUAGGAAGGAGAGGUUGGCCAUUGCUACCACCUCAGCACACUAACCAACCUGGAAUUAAGACCACCUAGAUUGUGAGAGCUGAACUUAGACAACUGGAUGAUGUCACACAGACCAGAAACUCCUGUUAUCUUUGCCUAAAAAAGAAAAAAAAAAUUUUUUUGUGUGUGUAGGGGGGAAUCCAAAGAGAAAUAUCUAGAAGAAUAUGAUCUUCCAUCCAAAUGGAGGGAAGCUUUAAAACACAAACAAAAACACCCACUACCGUGGCUCAGGAUAUGAGGGUGGGGGGAGAGGGAGGGGACUGAGGUGACCUUGAGUUUUUAAAAAGGGACAGUCGUGGGCCAAAGCCAAGCCCAUCUGCCAGGACCAGGUAUGUCAGAAGCUCCAUCAGCCAGGACGGACAGUGGUGCAUUUCCCAGACUUACCUUCCUGUGCGCUGCUGAUGAGAGAACCUCAAAAAAAAUCAACACCUCUACACCAGGUCAGAUUCAUGACCUGAACCUGAAUACUUCCAGCAUUUUUGUUCAGGGUAUGGAGGGGAAUAAAGAUGUAUUUUUGCAGUGCUUUUUGUUCCCUCCGUCUCCCAAACGUCUGACACCCUAAAGCCAUCCACAGCUAUGGAAUCUGCACAACACCUUGAUCUGUGUUGUCACCUGACCAAGCCCAAAAGACCACCACCUCAAUCCCCCGCCCUCACUCCACCCCCAAGAUGAUAAAACCCAGACUUCUCUCCUGAAAGGCAGAGGUAAACAUUCAGGACUAUUUCUGGCAGAGGACUUCUUCCAAUUCAAACCCCACAGUGGGCUGUCUCCCCUCAUUUCAUUUUUCUAAAGGGGCAGAGUCCUUUUUUAGAAAAGAAUAAAAUGCAAUGUGUGUGAUUUACUUUUCUGAUCUCUUUGAGAAAUAGAGAAAUAUCUUAUAAAAGUGUGUUCUUAACUCCAGAACCACUCUUUUUGCAUAAAUACCUCAUCAGGCAGCUUUCUAAGUGUUAUUUUCCUGAGUCUCCCUUGCCACCUUCGUUGGAUCUGCUGGAAGACUUGUUGGGGAACCUUUAGUGAGGGUAAUUUUUUCUAUUUUUCUUCUGUUUUUGGAGGCAUACACAUUAUGCAUAACCAAAACAAUGGCUCAAUUGUGUUUGACUUUGUAUUUUGACUGUUGAGAAAAAAAAAAAAAAAAACAAAUGUAUCAAUGUGUAUGUGGCUGUCUGUAGUGAAUUCAUUGCGGAAUGAGGUUGUCCAUGUCCUUAACAAGCCAAGGGGCAGGAGGCACCCUCUCUUAUCCCCUCCUCCAAGAGCAGUAGAGACUUUAAGCACAAGCCUAUUUGUGAAAGAAUAUUUUGCUUAAGUGUCAUUCACUUUAGUCUUGGAAUUCCUUCCCAAAACGUCAGGUGUUCUUUUAGCUUCCAAACUAGCAUAUGUAUCCAUUAGUCCGACAGAUCGCUUGAGCACCAUUAAGGGGUGUGGUGUUUUUGCUUUCAUUUCUCCUGCUGGGAGAAGUGGUGGUUCAUGUGUCAUUCCAGUAUCUCACAUACUCACACGGGGCGGGGGGAGGGGGAAACGGGGAAUUAUAGCAAUAUUUAAAGAUGCUUUGGAAACCAACGGUGAACACAUCAGCACCAUGACAUCUACGAUUACUGGCUAUUGGCCCUCAGACACAUUUAAGAGAAAGAGACUGUCACUCUUUUUUUCUUAAAUGAUAUACACAUAGACAGUUAUUUUUAUCCUACUAUAAUUGUCUUUUAUCUUUAUCUACUACUAUGUGGAAAGGGUUCGCAUCAUAGAUUUUUCCCAGCCUUAUAAUAUACCAUAAGCUCCUACUUCCCUUCCCCCUCUCUAAACAGUAUACUUUCAAGAGUUCUUUGGUAAAACCAUCUAUCUGAAACUAAAAAUGAACCAAACCCACGUUUAGAUAAUGGUUCGAGAAAACCAUAGCCAAGACAUCUGUGGCAGGUUUCAAUCUUGGGGCUGAGUUUUUGAGGAGUAUACCAGAGGCCUUUCCCAAAAAUGGAUUUUUUUUUUAUUAUUUUAUUUUGUUUUACUUUAUUUUUUUGUAGAGGUAUUCAACAUGUCUAGUGCUUGCUGGCCACAGCAGUUACUACCACAGGGCGUUGUGGAAGAGGGCGUUGUGUUGGAGGCUCCUGCCUGAGGACAUUUCAGGCAAGGGGCUCCGUAGCGUAGAAACCAUGAGGAUGGCUUUUGUGCCCAGCUCAGAGUCCUGUGACACACCCGGACUGCUCAGCACCAAGUGCUACUGACUCAAGUUCCAGUGAGUCCACUGUGUGCGGGGGCCUUUAGCCUCUCACGGAAGAAGGGCUUUGAGAAGGAAUCAGAGUUUUGUACAAGUGACCUAAAUGCGAGGGUUUUCUCUAUGAGAUUGGAUUCAAUUCAGUGUGAUUUCUCUUUCCCUUUAAACUUUAUUCAGGUUGGGACUGGUUUCUUUCUGGUGGAUCACAGCUGCCCAGAUGUUGCGACUUAUUUUUUAUGUUUCUGUAGAGAAGUAUUUUUCUUUCAUCUUCAGGAUUUUUGCCACCAAAAGAAAACAUUGGAACUCUGUGUCCCCUCUUGAUUGUGACUUACCAGUGUUGACAGUUAAGUCCUUGGUGUCGUAGGUCCCAGCCCACCAAUACUAUAUCAAACACUGUUAUGCACAUAAUGCAGCACUGUGAUCUAAUUUAAAUAAUACUUUUUUAUUAUUUAUACUACUAUAUAUAAUAUACAUCAACACUUUUGCUAUAUAACCUAAGUGAUAACCCUCUUUUAGUUACCUGCCAAACUCUGGACUUCGGUUUAUAUUGCAGUUAACACAGUUACCAAGUUGUAAUGGUGUCUUUUUUUCCUUUGUAAUGGAAUGUGUAAAUCAAAGUAUAUACAUUGUGUGGUGUUCCUGUUUCUGAAGUUUCAUGAGGAUUUACACAUGGCAUUCAGUGUUCUGUAUAGAUCUGCCUACCUUUGUGAAUUCACCCGUUCACCCCUCUUUGGGAGAGCACCAGCGAUGGUGGUUAGCUCCUUGUGUUUUCUCUCUCUCCUACUGGUUAUUCUUGAAUUAAGCACAGACUCGUCAGCUCGGUUGCUUUAUCAUGAAUAAUGUGUGUGACCUUGCAAUUCUUCCACAGUUCAGCAAACAAGUGCUAGCUUCACUGACCAAAAAUUAAGGAAGGAAAACACAAUUUUUAAACCGAUCCAUCUUUUAACGGCCGAAACUGAUGUGUCUAUGGUGCUGCAUCUUGCUGUUGUAUUUCUGAAAUCAGACCCAUGUGAAAGAUCAUUUCUGACUUGACUGUGAGAUGCUCACAAGUACCCUGCCUGUUUUGUUAGCAUUGAAAUCAAGACUAUUUAUUUGAAAUAUAUACAACUGUGUUUUUCCACUGUAUUCCAUUUGCAAGAGUUGAGAACAGCCUUCUCCACCUUUUGCAAAUAAUUGAUAUUCCAUAUUGGAUUCUCAAAGACUUCGAUAUGGUGAACCUGUCAAACCCAGAAAUUGUGUUUCAUCCUUUCAUGACUGUGGCCUGAGUUCCCCGGCCCCUCCCCACCUUUUCUUUAGAUGAAACAUAGCACACUUUCAGUUAUUUAAACAUGCAACGACGUUUCUUGAAUAUGUGUGUUGAGGCCAUCUGAGCUCAUAGCUGAUUCAGUAACCAGCUUCAUGCUGUGUCAUUCACACUCACUACUUAUACUGCCAUGGUGAAAAUGUAGAGGAAAAAAGUAUCCAUGUGUGUCUGGGAAGCAUAUACACUUGUACAUUUUUUUAAUACUCUGAUUCUGUAACAUUUCUGAGUUUUGUUUGUGUUUUACAGAAAAAAAAAAAGUGAUAAAGCAAUCAGAAGACCAAGAGGUUUACUAUUGAUGCUUAGGGUCAUCUGACCUUUGCCGGCCAAUAGACCUACACGGCCAAAUUAAUUUCCAAGAGUAAUAAUUUUUCAAAAGCCAAUUUUUUUUUCUGUAUUUUAUGUAUGAAACUGCCAAUAUCAUGAAUAGAAAGGGAGAACCAUAAAGGAGAAAGAAAGUGAUGUUCAGUUAUGUUUGUGUUGACCUAGAGGAACAAUUGUGGAGGCAGGCGCAAUCAGCCAAACCUGAUGGUGUUGCUUUGGAAGCAUCCUUACUUGCAUUUUGCAUUCUUCGUAUGUAAUCAUAUUGCCAAAGACAAACUAUUUCAUCAUUUAUUGUAAAUAACACUUUUCCCCAGACCUACCAUAAAGUUUCUGUGAUGUAUUGUCUUCCAGUUGCAAUAAAAAUUACUGAGUUGCAUCAAUUGAAAAA